AUGUCGAAUUUUCAGACGAAUAGCUUAACAGUGGCAAGAGAUCCACUGAAAAUGCAAAAUGGAAUAAUGGUCCAUAUUCCUCCAAGUGGAGCCCACAUAAUCCAACCAAUGAGGAUGGUACAGUAUACAGACCUGCAAAGGGAAAAUUGGACAUCUUACCAGGUUGGGCCAUUCGGGAGGCUUCUAAAAUUAGAGGCCAAGACUCUAGGGCUAAGCACAUUAUUUAUCCCUGUUCCUGCCAUCCAGAUCAUCAAUGGACUGAUACAUAUUGGCUUUGGUGGGGUAUCAGUUUGUCUUUUCAACACAUUUUACUACAUUUCUGUAGUUGUAUUGUCUGGGUAUCCUUUCUGGGGUGGAAUACUGUUCAUUGCUUCAGGGUCCCUGACUGUGGCAGCUGGAAAAAGUUUCAAGCACAGUUUGGCUCAGUGCAGUGCAAGGGUAAACAUCGCAAGUGCUGUGGUGGCAUUUAUUGGCAUGUUUCUCCUUAGCGUUCAGCUGUUUCUCAACCGACAUUCUUAUGCUCCUGAUUAUUUUGAAUUCCAACCUGAUUUCAUAAAUGUAAGUGAAUAUAGUUUGAAAAUAUUCUUGUUGGUGCUAUUCACAGAAGACAACAUACUUUGACGAAGAAAAUAAAAUUCUACAGAUCUUGAACUUUGCUUCCACUGCA